AUGCCGGAACACAGUCCGGCUCCGACUCCGCAUAGAGCGGUUUAUGGAUUCGCCUUCUAUAUGCUGUUUACGGUCCUAUUUUUCAUCUACGUGGCGUGGGCCUUGCUACCCGUGGAAUUUGGAUUGCAUUCCUAUCUGCCAGACAAGUAUUUUGCUGUAUUUGUGCCUUUUCUGGUGUUGGUCUUCGCAUGGUUUUUUGCCUUUCUCAUCUACCCGGCUAUAAAUCUCUCGAUGACAGUGAAUGUGGAUUCUAUCGCCUCAGUGGUCGAUCCUAAGCUGGCUCUACCCAAGGGUACAGAAUUUACGUCCUGGUCGCAAUUGCAAAAAAGCAAGAAAAAUGAAGAACCCCGGUUUAAGAAGGAUUCACCAGUUAACUGCAACCUUUGCAGGAGCUUCCACCAACCUGUGACACGUGCUCCCAUUGCACCCCUACGUUUUCUGGACCUCCAGGAAGUAAAUACAGCAUAUUACAACUAAAAAACUAA